ACUUCUCUAUGCGUUACGAAUGAGUUCGCCAAAGCGACGUUGUUUCAGACAACGAAACGCAAGUGAAAGCAGUGAGGAAGAUGAAAUUAUUGAGGGUGAAAAAAGUGGUGAGUCCAGUGGACUUGAAGAGUAUGAGAAAGAAGAGUUAACUCGUCAAAAUGAUUUGAAAGAACGUGAUGCCUUCGUUAAGCGCCUUGUUGACCGGGACCAGCAACAAAGUAAAGGGGUCUCUUCUAGAUCCACCAGUAAGCACGAGGAAGCCUUGAGGAAGAUAUCUAGUGGUGAAGUAAGCCGUGAAGAAAUGAUUGCCGAACUGCGCAAAGAAUCUAGGCGAACAUAUCUGCGUAAAAGACAGUCUGAUAAACUUGCAGAUCUUCAAGCUGAAAUUCAGGAUGAAGAACUGUUUUUUGAAAACGAAGAAUUGACUGAGAACGAAAAGGCAGAACUAUCAUAUAAGAAAACUAUUUUGGCGGUCGCGAAAUCCCACCAACAAGCUGGAGAACUGGAGAAUAUCUUUCGUUAUUACAUUCCCACUGAAGAAAAGCGACCAGAAGAUCACGAACUAAAAGGAUCUGAAAGUAAAUUAAUUGAUGAAGGCAAGAGGUGGGAACAGGAACAUCUUUCCUCUGCACUUUAUUCUUUCGGUGCCAAAGACAAAGUUGAACAAGAAGUGAAAUACGAUCUUGUUUUGGAUGAUGAAAUAGAGUUUUUAAAAACACUAACUCGACCUGGUGCCAACAUUGAACAAGAAGUCAGUGCAGACGAAGAGCAAAAACGAAAAGCUACUAACAGACGUGAAGCCCUCCAGGAAGCGAAACGCUCUCUUCCGAUCUAUAAAUUUCGGGAUGCUCUUUUACAAGCUAUUGCUGAUCAUCAGGUUUUAAUCAUAGAAGGUGAAACAGGUUCUGGUAAAACAACUCAAAUUCCUCAGUAUUUGUACGAAGCGGGUUAUUGUAAUGGAGGAAAACGUAUUGGGUGUACACAACCACGUCGUGUUGCUGCCAUGUCAGUAGCUGCUCGAGUUUCACAAGAAAUGUCUGUUAGACUUGGAUCUGAAGUGGGAUAUAGUAUUCGUUUUGAAGAUUGCACUUCAGAACAUACAGUAAUAAAGUACAUGACAGAUGGUAUGCUUUUGCGUGAAUUUCUCACAGAACCAGAUUUGGGCAGUUAUUCAGUAAUGAUUAUAGACGAAGCACAUGAACGUACACUACAUACGGAUAUACUAUUCGGUUUAGUAAAGGAUGUAGCUCGUUUUCGAUCCGAUUUGAAACUUCUAAUUAGUUCUGCUACUUUAGAUGCAGAAAAAUUUGCUACAUUUUUUGAUGAUGCUCCUGUAUUCCGAAUCCCAGGUCGUCGUUAUCCAGUUGAUAUCUACUAUACAAAAGCUCCAGAAGCUGAUUAUAUUGAAGCUGCUAUCAUAUCUAUUCUUCAAAUACAUGUAACUCAACCCCCAGGUGAUAUUCUAGUAUUUUUAACUGGUCAAGAAGAAAUUGAAACUGCUAAUGAAUUAUUAAUGGAGCGUACAAGAAAACUUGGGAGUAAAAUUCGUGAAUUAAUAAUUCUACCUAUUUAUUCUAGUCUUCCAUCUGAUAUGCAGGCGAAAAUUUUUGCACCGACACCACCAGGUGCUCGAAAAGUUGUAUUAGCUACAAAUAUCGCUGAAACAUCACUUACAAUCGAUGGUAUUAUUUAUGUGAUUGAUACUGGAUUUUGUAAACAAAAAUUUUAUAGUGCACGCUCUGGUGUUGAAUCAUUAAUAGUCGUUCCAAUAUCACAAGCUGCAGCCGAUCAAAGAGCUGGACGCGCUGGACGUGUAGCCGCAGGCAAAUGUUUUCGUCUAUACACUUCACAUGCUUAUCAUACAGAAUUAGAUCCACAACCUAUUCCAGAAAUACAACGUACAAAUUUAGGCAAUGUUGUCUUAUUACUUAAAUCUCUUGGUAUUGAUGAUCUGCUACAUUUUGACUAUAUGGAUCCCCCACCACAUGAUGCUUUAAUUAUGGCAUUAGAACAAUUAUACGCCUUGGGUGCAUUAAAUCAUAAAGGUGAACUAACUAAAAUGGGUCGCCAAAUGGCUGAAUUCCCAUGUAAUCCACAAUUAUCAAAAAUGAUUUUAGCUUCAGAUAAGUAUAAAUGUUCCGGAGAUAUUAUCACUAUAGCAUCAAUGCUUUCUGUAAAUAAUGCCAUAUUCUAUAGACCGAAAGAUAAAUUAAUUCAUGCAGAUACUGCACGUAAAAGUUUUUUUCAUAUAGCCGGUGAUCAUAUUAUGCUACUGAAUGUUUAUAAUCAGUGGGCGGAAUCGGGUAAGCUUUCAGUCCUCACAAUUUAAUAUCGAGUAAUUAAAUUAAAUUAAUUUCAUAAGUAUGGUGUAUUCGGCGUUAUAUUAGAUAUGAAGGGAAUUGAUAAACAGGUAUUUACUCAUUCUUCUUUCUUGUUAUGAUUUAUUAACACAAAACCUUUUAAUUCAACGGUAAGUCUUACUAGAGUUAUUUUCUAUCAUUAAUGACUGGCCACUAAAGAGAACUUAAAUAAAAAUGUAUAUCACAUUAUUUGGCUUUGUUAUUGCUUCAUCAAGGUGGGUGUAGUUGGUGUUUGAUUAAUUACUGAACUGUCAACCAGUAAUUAAGGGCCUAAAAGUCUUCUCAUCUACCUAGAUUUAAACAGUCUGCGACUGUUAGUACUACUCCUACAAUAGGUAGCGAUCAUUGUUUCAGACUAACCUCUCCAUACAUUUCCUGAGUUAGAUAUUCUUUCAUUUAUUGCUUAGUAUGUUAUACUGAUAGACUGUACAUUUAUGCUACUAAUGUUUACAACAUCUUUAUUGGUAAAGUUAAACGUAUAUGAGUUUAACACAUUUGUUGUCAAUUAAUUAUCCUUAGUCAUAGGAAAUAAUUACUUUGGAGUAAAAAAUUGGGUUUUUUUUACAAAUUAUUACCUUGUCAAUAAUAAAUAGUCUUUUAUGAACUUCGCUAGUAAACCUGAACUUGUUGAAAUUCUUUAUUACACAUCUUUACUUUAAAAUUAGAAAGGUAGUAUAAUGAGUAAGUUAAGUGCAAACUCCUUGUUGCCCCCAAAUGCCCUGGUACGGCCGAGAGUGGGGAGAGUCACCUCUCCCUCUCGAAAUGCUCUCAUAUGGCCAGCGAAUAUAUAGCCUCUGCCAGGGAAGUCCUACUCACUGCCUUCUCGUGGCGGGGGUGUUGUUUACGAAAGUGAGAGGACGAAAAGCGAAUGUCCGGUGCUUUAACCGGGUUGGUGGACACGGAGGGUCCACCUAGGGGAGUUGGAAAACCCUGAUUCCAAACCAAUGGUGCACAUGGGCCCCAGUAUCCUGAUGGAACGAAUGGCGGACGAACCUGUCAUUGGUCAACGGCUACCAUGGGACUGCAUCUCCUCACGAUGCUCCACUGCCUUGUGGAUCAGACAUUCAGGUCAAAGGCUCCGGGUGUGGCCCCCUAAGAAAACCACCUGCUUCAGUCUGAGCACCUGAGCAGUAUCACAGCCCUCACACAAAUCGAGUGAGAUUUGUGAGGCGCAUAUUUAUCUGGUGCUUCAUUGUACCAAUAUUUAUGUGUUUAAAUAAAUAAUAAAUAAACCUUGUCAUUUUAAGAUUUUUUUGUCAUUUCAAUUUCUGAGUAAAAAGCAGUUGCAUCCAGUUGAUAAGUCGCAAAUGGGUUGAAACUUACGUCCUUAUGGCCACCAUCCACCUCUCAUAGAAAGCUUUAUAGUCUUUUUUUUAACUAAUGGCAUGAGAAAAUCAUUCUAUUAUCAUUUGAUUGUUGAGUUGUUUUAGAUAGUUUUCUGGACUCAAGCAGAAACAUAUUCAUCUAAAGUUCUUCCGUAUUUAAACCAUAUAAAUUUAUUUUCCACUUAGAAUGAUAAUAAUACUUCAUUUGUAAUGCAUUAUUUAUCCAAUAAAUUAGGAGAUUACCACACCAUUUUAUUUCAGCUGAUCCUAUUGCGUAGACCAAACCAUUGAUAUGGUUGAAAAAUGUGUUAUAUUUCAGAGUGUUCAUGUGUAUGUGAGAAGCUUUGCCCAUGGAUUUCUAUGUUAGCUUAACUUAUGGAUUAUUGAUUAGCAUAUUCCAUGUAUAUGACCCGUCUUAUUAUAUUUCAAUCCUAAUGUAAAGGUUUAAUGAUCAGUUUGACCGUUUGAUUUACGGAUUCACGGAAUAUUUAAUUGCUCUUGUAUUUCAUUAAAAUCCCGAGCCGUUCCAAGUCAGAUAAUCAUUGAAGACCUGGACGUAUUGGACGGCUGUUUCGGUUUAUUAUGGAGCUCCCCCGCAGCGCGCAUCCACGACCCCGCACAUGGAAUCGAACCUCGGAACUUCUGUCUCACACGCGAACACAACUUCUAAACUACUGAACCUGGAUUCAAAUAUAUAUAUAUAUUACAAAUCCAUGUAUGUUUUUGUGGUAGAUCACAAUUAUUUCAGUCAGCAAACGUUUGAAAACAUAUAGACAAUCCGCUUUAUUGCUGCCUAAAUUUUAUUGAAAAAGUAAUGACAAAGACACUAAUUUUACUGAUGUAAAAAUCAUACUUUGUUAUUCCUUAUUGAAAAUGUUCAUUUUUUGGUGUUGUCAAGUUCAUUAAGCUAGAUUGCUUGAUUUCAGAAAUUUUUACUGUCGUUGUGGUCAAUAUUGUCAGCGCUUCCUUCUUAUAGAUGUUUAUUUCCAUUUGACCAUACUUAAAUGACUUUCUAAAAUAUUCAGUGUAGACAGUUUUUGGAUAAAAUUUUACACAUCAUCUUUCAUAAAUCAAUUGAAACUCAUUGGUAAAUGUACACAUAUUACUAAUAUAGACUAUAGUUUUAAGUAAUCUCUACCUUCAUAGUACUUCCAGCAAGUACGUGAAUUGAACUGCCAAAUAUCUUUAAUGAAACUUUGGGUAGAAAACAAGAAGUUUAUGAUAUAUUAGGAUUUUGCGUUCAGAUAGUUUUUCGAAUCUAAUCUACUUAAAUACUGAUGUUUGUAAAAAUCUAUUUUUAUUCUCAUUUUAGAUUUCUCUUCCCAUUGGUGUUAUGAACAGUUUAUUCAAUAUCGAACUAUGAAACGAGCUCGUGAUAUUCGUGAUCAAUUCGUAGGUUUGUUAGAUCGAGUUGAAAUUGACCUAGUGAAUAAUCCACAUGACCACGUGAACAUUCGAAAGGCUAUAACUGCUGGGUUUUUCUACCAUACAGCACGAUUCACUGGUGAUGGUUAUAAAACUGUAAAACAAAAGCACACAAUUUAUCCACAUCCGAAUUCAUGUCUAUCUGAAGCAUUGCCUAAAUGGGUUAUCUAUCAUGAAUUAGUAUAUACAACUAAGGAAUUCAUGCGUCAAAUUAUUGAAAUCGAAUCGAAGUGGCUAUUGGAAGUUGCACCGCAUUAUUAUAAAGAAAAAGAAAUUGAAUAUACCACUGAAAAAGUUUCUAGAAAUAAAGGCAAAUCACGUGCAGAAUUGGAGCCAACUGAAGGUGUUUAAUGAUGUUGAAAAUAAUACAUGAAAUGUACAUUUUAUAAUUUUAAAGCGUGGCAGACAGACAAACGGAGACUUCGAAUGUAUCUUUUCAGAGUUGUACAUUUCCUUUUUGACUUUGAUACCUUGUUUUUUUUCUCCAGGAAAAAAAACGUCUUGUACAGUUUUGUAUUUUAAAGUUUUAACUUAGAUUAUUCAAUUUUUUACAGAAAGAAAAUAUAAAAAUUGAUUCAAAUA